GAAAAAUUGCAUGCAAUGCCUAUAAAAGAGAGCAACUACAUUGAAGUUAAAUCAUCAACUUUAUAGCUAUUUAAGACAGUAAUAGAGAAUAUAAACACACAAAAGGUUAAUCAUGAAGAUGAGAUUCUUCCUUGUAGCUUCUAUGAUGCUUCUCAGUUUCCUUGAGAUUACUGAAGGAGGCAGUCUCAGGAAGAAUUUCUAUAAGAAAUCAUGUCCUCAAGCUGAGGAGAUUGUGAAGAAUAUAACCCUACAGCAUGUUUCUUCAAGGCCUGAGCUUCCAGCCAAGUUGCUAAGAUUGCAUUUUCAUGACUGUUUUGUUAGGGGGUGUGAUGCUUCUGUUUUGAUAGAGUCUACUGCAAGUAACACUGCAGAGAAGGAUGCUAUUCCGAAUUUAUCAUUAUCGGGUUUUGAUGUGGUAAAGGAUAUCAAAGAUGCUGUGGAAGCAAAAUGUCCUGGAGUUGUUUCAUGUGCUGAUAUACUCACACUUGCUGCUAGAGAUGCUGUUUCUGUCCAAUUUAAUAAUGAACAAAAGUGGGAAGUGCUUACUGGUAGAAGAGAUGGUACUGUCUCCAAAAGCUUGGAAGCACUCAUCAAUAUCCCAGCACCUUUCCAUAACAUCUCAACACUCAGACAAAUCUUUUCUAGUAAAAAUCUUACUCUUCAUGACUUGGUCGUAUUAUCAGGAGCACACACAAUUGGAGUAGGACAUUGCAACUUAUUCAGCAACAGGCUUUUCAACUUCACUGGUAAAGGUGAUCAAGAUCCUACUUUGGAUUCAACUUAUGCCAAAUUCUUGAAGACCAAGUGCCAAGGUUUAGGUGACACCACCACAACGGUGGAGAUGGAUCCUAGUAGUUCAACAGACUUUAACAGUGACUAUUAUCCUAUCCUUUUACGGAAGAAGGGUCUAUUCACAUCAGAUGCUACUCUUCUCACAACCAAACAAUCAAGAAACAUUGUUAAAGAAUUGGUUUCACAAAACAAAUUCUUCACUGAGUUUGCUCAGUCAAUGAAGAGGAUGGGAGCCAUUGGUGUUCUCUCUGGUUCUGAUGGAGAGAUUAGGAGGAAGUGCUCUAUUGUUAAUUAAAUAACUAAUGGUUUAAUUAUCAGUUGUUAAUUUCACUUUUCUGUGUUUUAAUUUAGUUACAUUUUCUAUUCUAGUUAAUUGUUUUGGGCCUGUGAUGUUUGAGAAAUUGAGAUUGUUCUAAGUAUUCAAAUUCAAGGAAUAAUAAAUAAAGGAUAUCUUUUA